AUGGGCUCGUCAGAUCUGGAUACCAAAGAUUCCAAGUCCCUCGAACUGGGAAAGCAUAUUGAGAAUAUCGAUGACACAGUUCUUCAAGCUCAAGGCCAUGUGUCUGAGCUCGACAGAUCAUUCUCAUGGAUUGGUGCUAUUGGCCUGGCUUACAGUAUCGUCAAUAGUUGGCUUACUUAUGCAUGUUCCUUUGGAAUGGUGCUUACCUAUGGUGGCGGACAGACUGCUGUAUUUGGGGUGAUGGUGGCAGCAGUCGUCCAGUGGAUUGUUCUGUUGGGACUUGCUGAAUUGUGUUCCGCCUUCCCAUCUUCUGGUGGAGAAUAUCAUUUUACCUACAUUGUCGCCCCUCAAAGGUCUCGGAAUUUCGCCGGCUACACUGUUGGUGUUCUGAACAUUGUGGCCUGGUGGGUGAACACCGCUUCGGGGACUAUUUUCACGGCCAUAUCAGCUUUUGGGAUUGUCAAGUUCUGGCACCCUGACUUUGAUGGGACACAAUGGCAGGUUUAUCUCUGCUAUAUCCUAGUCAUUUUCUUGACCUUAAUUCCUAUCUUUACUAUCCCUCAAAGAAAAAUUGACCGCCUUACGAAGACAGCAAUGUAUCUGUCAUUUAUCGGUUUUUUCCUUGUUACGAUCAUCUCACUGGUCAUGGGACGCGGCCACUACCGUGCUUCUAACAUCACCGAGUAUCGUGGGUCCAGUGGGUGGGGCCCUGGACCUGCUUGGCUGAUGAGUAUCGGAGUGGGAGAGUAUUGUUUCGCUGGGAUCAGCGCAUGUACUCACAUCGCUGAAGAGAUGCCUCGACCAGGAAAAAAAUUGCCUCAGGUGAUCAACAUGACUGUUGUCAUUGGAAUCCUGACUGUAGUACCAUGGGUCGUCGUCAUGAUGAUCGUGAUUCGAGAUAUGGAAGCUGUUCAGAAGGCGUUUCUACCCAGUCUGGAGGUCUUCUAUCAGGCAACCGGAAAUAAAGCGGUUGCAACCUUCAUGCAGUCUUAUCUGACACUACUUUACUACUCCUGUGUUCCAAGCCAAUGGAUUACGUGCAGUCGAAUCGCGUGGGCGUUCUCCCGAGAUAACGGGCUGCCCUUCUCCAACUACUGGAAGCACAUUGACCCCGUUCGCAAAAUUCCAGUCCGCACGACCCUUCUAGCUGCCGGAUUCUGUGCCAUCUAUGGAUUGUUGUAUAUCGCUUCGACGGCUGCUUUCAACUCCAUUGUCAACACUGCGAUCCUGAUGCUCAAUAUCACAUACACCGUUCCCCAGGCAAUCCUUUUGACUUGCGGUCGCCACCGGCUAGCGAAGAGACCGUUCAAUCUCGGUCCUGUGAUGGGGUACGCUGUGAAUGCUUUCUCGGUCGUUUGGUUGAUCAUCAGUGGGGUUAUGUUUUGCUUCCCUGUGUCGUUGCCCACGACGGUGGGGAAUAUGAAUUAUAAUGCGGUGGUCAUCACGGGAAUAUUUGGAUUGAUUAUGCUAAUGUGGAUUGAGAGAAGGAAAAAGUUCUCAGGACCAAGGAUUGAUUGGGAGGCUUUGAAUGCAAGUAACGCUAUGGAGUAA